AUCUUUGUCCGGUCGGACCAUUUGUUGGGAAAGCCUCCUUCCUAGCGAGCCAAUGCACCUCACCUUUCCCCAUGCAAGCAUCGAGGUUCCGCCUAGUCUACAACUGGUCUACCGGGGUAAAGAGUCUGAACAAUUGAAGUUGUGCUGCUUGCCUUCAGCACAGACGUGCGUAGAAGAGAAGGCUUCUGAUGUCUGCCAAUACGCUUGAUGACGUAGCAGGUUGCACGUCAGGCAGUGUGCCCCGUAAUUGACGCUCUGGCUGAGUUCUCGCUCGCUUGAAAGCGAGAAAAUGGACGUACGAGCUAUCUGGAGAGGCAGCUAGAGAGCACUUUUAUGGCCAUACUCAGGUUCUCACUGUUACCAUGCAGAUAGGUAUCAGAAACGCAUGCGCACGUAGAGGUCUGGGCGGGUUUCUUUCCACUGACGUAUCUUCAACGCCAGUUACUGAUACUCACUUCUCGUCUUCAUGUCAGCAAUUGGCGACAGCGAUCUAUGCUAGCUGUGGACUGAUGGUUAUAGCCGAGCUCCUCGUGCCCCUUGUCUGGUUGGAAGGUUGCAAGUUGGAGAGAAAACAUGGAAAGCAAAGAACAUCUUGGCAGUCUGAACACUAUAUCCUCAUAGAAUGUAUGGCAGACGAGAUUGAACCCUUUGGGAUCUCUACCGCUUUCGUUGCUAAAGGACUGGCCAUAAAUGACUUGAGUUCACUUGAAAGUAACACAGAUCUGCAAGAGACGUCAAUCACACUCCCUGUACCAUUGCGGCCUCUUCAUUACGCCCAGAAUCUGUUGCAACCGUUUAACACCACCCACGUAGGACGCGGCCACCUGACGCGUUCGUCACUAGUGGCCACAGCGAUGAUCAUGCGCUCUUCGUGUUUGUAGUUCACGUAGCCAAACCUGCCAGAUGCAC